UCAGAGUUCACUGGGUCUUUAAACAACUAAUCCAUUGGCAAGAGGCAAGGUUUGCAUCAUUUUUACAAUGGUGUGGAUCAAGAACAAAAAUGUGGCCUCGGCCUUUCAUUUGCUAAUUCUAGCCACGGCGACGGUACUCCUUUUGCAAUACGCAUAUACCUACCGUCAACACAACAUUCUUUAUUACCAUAUCAGCAACUUUAAAGGGAAAAUGGUGGAUACAGUACAGGACCAUUUCAACAUGACACGAAUUCAUCAACUUCAGAAUAUCACACGGCAGUUUUUUUAUCCGAAAAAGGACAUCAUUGAUUUUAAGGACCAUGAAAUAUUUUUGGAAAAGUGCAAUCCAGAAACAUUCACACUUCUCAACUCUACAAAGGAGACCUGUAACGUCACCCACACACAUGUGAAACAGUACAAGAAUUGUGCACUGGUUGGGAAUGGGGGUAUACUACUAAACAGCAGCUGUGGUGCUGAAAUAGACGCUCACGAUUUUGUUAUCAGAAACAAUCUCGCUCCAACCGCUGAGUACAGCAAGGAUGUGGGGACGAAAACCAGCCUAACAACUAUUAACUUUGCAGUGCUCUGGAGGGUCACCAAUACAUUAAAACGUAAAAGAAAAGACAAUGUCGAACUUCAAUCUCUGCUGAGUCGACUGAGCGAGACCCCCGGAAUGGUAUUCGUUUACCCUCUUGGUAUCAUUGGUCUUGAAAACCUUAAAGCCAUCGAUAUAGUCAUGAAAGACAAGGGAAUCCCCAUCGUGUUAGCUUUUUCUCACAGGAGCAUCAUGACCGACAAACGUUUGUUAUACAGGAAACUAGCGGACACAUAUUGGAAUCUUCCGUCAACCGGCGUCAACACCUUUGCACUGGCCUCAACUUUUUGUGACAAGAUCUCCAUGUAUGGUUACUACCCCAUGUCCACCUACCAUAACCAGAAUGUACCUUACCACUACUAUGGUGAUCCAGGAUAUUAUGGUCCUGCGCAUAAAAUGGAGGAGGAAUUCGCCAUGUUUCAGGAUUUUCAUAGUCAGGGUAUAAUAAGGCAAGUCAUCGGCAAGUGUGAUUCUGACUGAACUCAGACCACAUCUC